AGAUAAUGUUAGGAUGGAAAGAGGAAAGAGUGCAGUAACCGGCGAAGCUGGCGAUUAGCAUCAACUAACAUAAUGAUUGAUAAUAAUUUAUUGAUGUACUUAUCGGAUUGGCUGGGUUUUUGCGGGUCUCCAUUAGUUCUCUUUUCAAGUCUCUAGGUUGGAGUUAAACCGUGAGGGGGACGGAGAGAGUGAAGUACAAAAUGGGAGAUCGUAUGGAAGCGUCUCCCUCUUCGGAACCGCUGGAUCUCGACACUAUACGCAGUCGAUUGAGAGAGCUCGAAGCUAUUCAGAGAAGUUGCAAGGAUGAUGUGAAUGAAGUAUCCAUGUCCGAUUCUGAAAGUUUACUCAAAGACUGUACUCUCCACAUUGAGAACAAGGUCAAGCAGAUUGUUGCAGAGUACUCUAACGUUGAUUUCUUGGGCAUUGAAGAUUUGGAUUCAUACUUGGAGUACUUGAAGAAGGAGCUCCAGACAGUGCAGGCUGAAACUGCAAAGAUUUCUUAUGAAAUUGAGCUUCUCUCAAGAACCAAUGCUGAAGAUUCUAAUAAACUAGAGAGUGAUCUUGAAGGUUUACUGUGUUCUUUGGAUUUCGUUGAAUCAAAGGGUAUGGAGGAAGCAAAAGAGGAUCCACUUAAUUGCUAUACCGGUGGAGAAGAUCAAUCAAAUUUGACCAAUGCACACAGAGAUGAGAAGUUUGAGAUUUUGGAACUUGAAAGUCAAAUUGAGAAGAACCAAAUAAUUCUGAAGUCCUUUCAGGGUCUUGAUUCUAUGUUUAAAAGAUUGAAUGUUGUAGAGCAGAUUGAGGAUUCAUUGACAGGUUUAAAGGACAUGGAGUUUGACGGGAACUACAUUAGGCUGUCUUUGCAAACAUAUAUUCCACAAUUAGAAGUCUUAAAGUGCCAGCGAAAAAAUGAAGAUAUUGCUGAUCCAUCUGAAUUGAAUCAUGAAUUGCUAAUAGAGAUUUUGGAUGGCAGUUUGGAACCAAAGAAUAUUGAGAUGUUUCCAAAUGAUGUAUACAUAGGUGACAUAGUUGAUGCUGCAAAGUCUUUCAGGCAGAUAUCUUCGAAGUUAGCACUGCUUGAUGGUAGGUCUUCAUUGGAGUGGGUUGUCGGAAAAGUGCAAGAAAGAAUUAUCCUAACCACUCUCAGAAGAUUAAUGGUGAAGAGUGCAAACAAGUCAAGGCACUCAUUUGAGUACUUGGAUAGGGAUGAGACAGUUGUAGCUCAUUUGGUUGGUGGAGUUGAUGCCUUCCUGAAGAUUUCUCAAGAUUGGCCACUUUCAGAUUCUCCAUUGAAACUUAUAUCUCUUAAGAGCUCAGAUCAUCACUCAAAAGGAAUUUCCUUAAGCUUACUUUGCAAGGUUGAGGAAGUGGCAAAUUCGUUGGGCAUACACAUGCGACAAAACUUAUCAAGCUUUGGAGAUGCUAUUGAAAAACUACUCAUAGACCAAAUGCGACUAGAACUCCAUUCAAAUGAUAUGAUCGAAAAGUGACUACAAUCCAAUUUUAACAAUUAUUGGCAAGCUAAAAUGUUAUUGCUUCCCGUGUAUGUAAUUGUUGAGUUCUGUCUUCAGUGCCAAUUUUCCUGCUGAUGAAAUUAUCAGUAACCCCGCUGCAAACAUCAGAUCCUUGAAAGCUUUGACAGGAGGAUACAAUUUGGCACCAUCUUUGUAUAUGCUUAUGAUAAUCAUGUCACUUUGAUUGUCUAUAUGAGCAAUUAGUGCUUUGUUUUCUGUCA